AUGGACCUGGACUACAGCUACCUCGGUGCGACAGACGGGGUGUGUUCGGCCUUUGACAAAAACGACAACUUUUGGCACGAGAAGACCGCGUUCGAAUCCAAGCCCAAUAUCAAACUAUCCCAGUCGUUGGACCACGGUGGCCACCCGACCUCCUGUCCUGCUCAAGUAUGUGCUCCUCCCCCUUUUAUCAUUGUCACGUGA